CCACUGCCUGGAUUUUCCCAGUGCACAGCUCUAUGGGAGGCUAAGAUCCAUCACUGCUUGAUCUGCAGUGCAUUCCUUUCUAGGAGGAUGCAAAGGAAAAGCUAAGGAGAAGAAUCACAUGUAAGAAGCAGGCACAAGUCUCUUAUAACUGGCACAGUCCAGUGCAAUGAACCCCUCUACUUUCUGCAAGGGGAUGAUGUGAAAGCCAGGUAUGAACAGGUUAAUUUCCUCUUCAUACUGACUGCUAAGCUACAGCAAGCCUGUUCCAUCUGACUGCAUAGACUGGGGAGUGGGGGACGCUGGAUUCAGCACUGACUGCUAACUUUGCGGAAAGGAAAAAAAGCCAAAGACUGGAAGCCCCCUUAUUCCUGAUAUAGUGCAUAUAAAGGCGAGCUUCCCAGCUGAGGGUCCCCGGAAUGAUGCUAUCCGCAGCUCCUGUCAUCAUCCCCUGCAGUUCUUGGAUUUUCUCUGAAUCAGACACCAAUGCUACUGUGCAUGAUCUUCAGACUGCAUGGCAGAGCUGAGAGAUCUAUCCUAUUCAGAUUGGGUCCAGGGAGGAGAAAGGAUAGACGGGUGAGCUGGAUGAUCCAAAGCAGACCUUGGUUAUUGCUCUCGAUCCUAGCCAAGGAGCAAAAAAAGAAAUAAAAUUCAGAUCAGAAAACAACAAGGAAUCGCUUCACUGGUCAAGAGUGAGAUGAAGAGUUGUCGUUGAGUCAGUAAGGCUUCUGUAACCACCAAGUUUAAUACUGGCAUGGGUUUUGGAAGGAUCUGGUAUCCACUGGAUCACAGUUGAUCCAAAAGGAGAUCCCUGCAGUCUCAAUGUGGAUUUUAUAAUUGGGAUCCCAUUGGAAAGGCUUGCAUUUCUGAGGAAAUAACACUGAUAACUUUCCACCUUAACCUCCUACGUGUUCUCAACAUUUGCCAUGGGAUUGGAAAUUCACUAAUUCUCUGUUGGAAACCAGCUGUGUAUUUUGUUUCCCAGCUUAUAUCCUACAACUGACAUGUAUGAAAUGGAAAAGCAAGGAUUAUUCAGUGCUCUUUGUUACCUGAUGCUCAAUUCCCCUCUCCUGUUCACUGUACAUGCCACAUUCACUGAAGUCCCCAAAGAUGUGACUAUAAGGGAGGGAGAUGAUAUAGAGAUGCCUUGUGCUUUUCGUGCCAGCGGUUCCUCAUCAUUCUCUUUGGAAAUCCAGUGGUGGUACCUUAAAGAGGCGACCAGGGAAACGGCACUGGAAUUAGCUAUCACUGCUCCUGGGAGCAGGAACAAGGUCAUUGUGAAUAAGGACGGAACAAAAAUCAGUGAACAGGACCAAUUCUUGCCAGUGAUCCAAUCCUCUACACGUUCCUGUUGAUAUUUCAUCAGCUCAUCUUCUUACUAUUCAACCACUGAUGGACCAUAUUGUGAAUCAUUCCUGAACCAACCAAACAGCCCAUAAGAACUUUAUCCAAAUCCCUCCCUUUAUGAAAGCUGCAAAUUUAGAAAGGACAGAAAACAAUAAGACUGAAUGAAGCAUGGCAAACACUUUACGUUGAAAAAUAAAACAAAAAAAGUAAAAAAAAAAAAUAUACAAACAUAUUUUUGGAAAAACCUAAAAGAAAUGAACCGCCCGAAAUGACGCAUCUAGUUUCCAACAAAAACAAGAGUCUAGUCUCUGCCUUGCUUCGCGCACGGCCAUUAUGAUUUCUGAAUAUGAGAUCCAUAACUUAUCAGACAUUUUCUUUAAAAAAAAGUUUAAAAAAAUCUUUGUUGGUCUUUGUGCACGAACUGUUGAACAGUUAUUUUUAUGAUGAUCUGUAAAUUUAUUGAGUUGACAGAGACGUUCUCCCGAAGAAAAAAAUAAUAUUUUUAAUUAGAAUGUGUUUAAUGUUUUUUUUCUUAUUUCUUUCAUUAGUUUUGUCCUUUUUUUAUUAAAUUAUUUAAUUUCAGUAUUUUUUUUUCAUCGAUAGGCACAUGUCAAAUUCAUUAUUACUCACCAUCAAUAAUAUUUAUUUUUAAAUAAAGAUUGGAAACAAGAAAAAGAAAAUUUGUUUAUAACAAAAAAAAACCUGUAUUGUAUAAUGCUGAAUAACAGUUGAAUAAAAUGAUUUUGAGAUAAGA